AUGAAACAAUAACCCUAUUUUAUUAGACCUCCUUCCAAUAUUUGUUCUCCAAACUUAGCUAAUAAGGGUAGUUUUAACAAAAAAGAAGAAACUUCUUCAAAUAGCUAAGGAGGAAGACGUAAAACACCAAUUAAUACUUAACAUUUGAAUUCUCCUGUUUAAGUGAAAGAUCUGUAUUAAACAAUUAUAUUUAGUUAUCGUAAUAAAAUUAUCAAAACUACUCCUAAUCUUAACACACCACUUACAGAAGGAUCUAUAUCAAAGUUUAAAAUUAUUAAUGAUUUUACUCUCAAUAAAAUGGCAACAAGUAAGAGACUUAAAUCUGAUGAAUAAGUUUGUACACCUAAACAAAAUAAUAAAUUUCAUAGUCAUCCUUUAAAUAACAUUAAAUUUAGAACUGAUAGAAAACUUAAUAAUACACCUUUAGACAAAAUGAAAACAGAACCUAAUGAUUUUGAUAUUCAAACUGUAUCUAAAUAAGAUGAAUCUCAAGAAAUACUCUUUCGAUUACAUAGACAAUCAAUCCCUACUGAACCUAAUGAGAAAUUGUCAUCCAUAUUAUCUAAUCAUAUUACUAUUACUCGAAAUAUAAAAAAAGAAGUUUAAUCCUCUGAUUAAUCUAAUCGCAUUUUCAUUAAAAUAGAAUAAAAUAUUCCACAUCUUUAAGAAACACAAGAAAAUAAACUCAAUCCUCAUUAAUUUAAUUCAUCAUCAACCAAAGAGAAGAUUUUAGAUUUGUUAUGUCUCUCUACUUAAGAUUUAAAAACUAAAUUAUCUGAAAUAAAUAAAGUAGGAAAUUCUAAAAUUAAUGCAAGGUAAUCUAAUAAAUUAUUAAUUCCUAAACGUGGAAUUUCCAAAUUUCCAAAUGACUUUUUUAAUGCUCUUUUACCUAAUUCAAUAUUACAUUGA